AAUGGCAGAUAUUCUUCACAGCAGUUGUUUCUCCUCCGUCGUCCCGAGUAGAGAUGCUCGUCUUCCUCGGCCUGACCGUCCUCCUCUCUGCGGGCUUCUCUGCGGAGAUGAACCAGACCUCCAAGCUGCUGGCGGAGAGCGGAGAGCAGUGCUCGGCCUGCGACUUCCGGGAGCACAGCAAGCAGAUGAGGCUCCACAGCAUCAAGUCCCAGAUCCUCAGCAUCCUGCGGCUCGAGCAGGCUCCCAACAUCAGCCGGGACAUGAUCCGACAGCUGCUGCCCAAAGCGCCUCCUCUGACGCAGCUCCUGGACCAGUACGACCCGCGGGUGGAGGAGGAGGACCACGCCACGACGGAGACCAUCAUCACCAUGGCCACCAAGCACAAUCCGAUCGCCCAGGACGAGUUGUCCUCAUGUUGUCUCUUCAGCCUCAGUCCGAAGAUCCAGCCAAAAAACAUCCUGCGCGCUCAGCUGUGGGUCCACCUGCGGCCGGCCGACAUGGUCACCACCGUCUUCCUGCAGAUUUCCCGCCUCAAACCUGGAAAGGAGGGAAACAACACCCGAAUCAGAGUCCGAUCCCUGAAGAUCGACACUGACGCCGGCGCCGGAUCCUGGCAAAGCAUCGACAUCAAGUCUCUGCUGCAGGCUUGGCUGCGUCAACCGGAGACCAACUACGGCAUCGAGAUCAAUGCCUACGACUCCAAAGGAGAAGAUCUGGCUGUCACCUCAGCAGAGCCGGGAGAGGAAGGACUGCAACCGUUCAUCGAAGUGAAGAUCCUCGACAACCCCAAGAGAUCCCGCCGAGACUCGGGCCUCAACUGUGACGAGGAAUCUGCAGAGACGCGCUGCUGCCGCUACCCGCUCACCGUCGACUUCGAGGAGUUCGGCUGGGACUGGAUCAUCGCCCCCAAGCGCUACCGGGCCAACUACUGCUCGGGGGAGUGUGAAUUCAUGCACCUGCAGCAGUAUCCACAUGCACACCUGGUGAACAAGGCCAACCCACGAGGCACCGCGGGGCCCUGCUGCACGCCCACCAAGAUGUCGCCCAUCAACAUGCUGUACUUCAACCGCAAGGAGCAGAUCAUCUAUGGGAAGAUCCCGUCCAUGGUGGUCGACCACUGUGGCUGCUCCUGAGGAAACCCGACCACAGAAGAACUGUUUUCAACAAAGAGAAAGAGAGACAAGGAGUAUUCUUAAGGACAGGACUCCUAAAGUUGUUUUUACUCUCAUACUUUGUGCUUUCAUUCAAAUACCAAAAACAAAUUUUAACUAAAAACACCAAACAUCCAGAUUGCUAGGUCACACAUAUUUUUAUACAUAAGAAGAAGAUAAUUGAGCAGUUAACACAUGGAUUUGGAAAAUAUAAUUUAUUUAACUUUUAAAAGGAGCAGUUUCAAAAAAAUGUUUAAACACAAAAUCAAAAAAUUCAGAUUCAUCAAAUAUUGAAUAUCGUCAAUAGAAUGUUAAGAAACAACAGUGUUGACAUCAUGUCAAAGUUAUUUAUGUACUGAUACCGGUACAUGCUAACCAGCUAGCCUUAGCUGGUCAUGUGUAAAAUACCACUUCUUAAAUCAAGCGGUGAUAGUCUUCUUUUAGCCUGGUUACUGUCAUCAGGGAGUCUUUCUGGUCUUCUCGUCCCUGGAGUCAUAGUCCUGGUCAGAGCCACUGUAAAUCGCCUCCUUCCUUCCUUUAGCCACUGUCUUUAUACUGGCCUCUGUCAGUCUUGGAGCCUGUGUUCAGCACUUAGUUAGGUGUCACUGGGAGAUGACAUUAGCUCCAUGGCUAACUGAGCUACUUGCUAACAGCAGCUAGUCGCUACAACCAAAGAUAGCUACAGCAGCAGUUAGCGGUUAUGCUGCCCCUCACAGUUUUGGAGCUACCAUUGAAUUCUGGCCAUUCUCGAAUAAAUUCCACCUUUAAAGUUUGUGUCACUUCUAUUGUAUGUUUUCAUGUGAGCAUGAAGGCUAAGCAAAAUAAGGAGAAAACUGUAAACAGAGAAGAACAAUGCUAGAAAGUUUUGUCACUGCAGUUUAUCUCCUCAAGAAUCAGCAUGUUUAAAUAAUCAUGUUGAGCAAAAUGUGAUGUUCUCAUCGUAGUAUGUAAAGUAUAUCAUCAGGAGGGGAUUUAAUUCUUAAGAAACAAAAACCUAGAUAUGAAAAUAUGGAGGCACACUGUGUAUUCAACAGAUAGAUGGACAGACUCCUGCUGCUUCCUGUCCUCCUGUCUUAUGAAAACGUGUCCUGAUUUGAGCCUUGAACCAGAACAAACGCUGCAGGAUGUCUUCCAUGUGCGCCCUUAUUUUGAAAAACAUGAACCUUAUGACUCUCCCGAAGCUUGUUUGCAAACUCCUCGCUGUGAUCUGCUCUCGAGAGCAUCACAGUGAUGUGAGAGAGAAAGAUCUUUUGUUAAGGACGUUGUUGCAGGUGUGUUGUGAUGUUAUUAUGUCAUUGUGUGUUGUGUGUCGAUCGGUUUGUUUUCUUGUACUCUUGUUUUCUUACCCUUGAAGCAAAACGGUUGAAUACAUUUGUCUUGAUAAGAAAAACUUUCAGAGCUGUUUUCUUAUGUUUUGCCUCUUCUUCUGUCUUCUUCUCGAGCAUUUUGCAUUUUUUCUUCUUCCUGUUUUGUCGCUUCCAUGCGGUACACAUUUACAGGUCAAAGAGGAACCUGACACAAGACUGUAACGCAGUAUUUAACUGCCCUCAAAGUGGCCCUCCUCACCUGAAAAACAGCCUCUGAAUGCAACAUACUGCGACCCAUUAGUAUGUUUAUCUUCGGGUGGCGACCUCUAGUGCUUGGAGUAAUUAUUACGGCAGCAAAGGAGGAAGUCAGGUCAGUCAGGUGCUGCACACUUCCACCAGAGUCUGCUGUUCCAAUCUAGUAUAAAACUAAAAAACCCAAAUGUAACUUGUUUUAACUUGCAAACAUUUUUUUUUCUAAAUGUAACCAAGUAGUUUUGGUGCCUAAACCUGACGAAACUGCGACAGUUUCACUGCUGUACCUUCGGGACAAUGAAGGACGCAGUUUUACAGCGUCGGGUUGAGCAGCGCUGCACCUGAGAUGCUCCCACCCCACCUGAGGUCGCUGCAGCCGGAGGGGGAGUUAAACCACUGGAGGUCAGCAAAAACAAGAUUUUAGCUGGUGUUAAGAUAAACUCUGAUACAAGACAUUAAACAGUAUACAACUAAUCAUUUCAUGAAGUCUGGAAACAAUAAUUCAUCGAUUCUCUUCUUCACUGAUGGGUAAAAACAGUAAAAACAGUGUGGGGAGUUUUGGGUCCAACGUGAGGGCAGGAACAGUGAACUCAGAGGGAGGUUUGAUCUUGAUUUGAAGCCGAGUGCAGAUGUCCUGACUGUUGUUGUGCUUCACGGGGGGUUUCUGACCCAAAACUCUUUGUUCUGCUGCUGGAACAGAACGUCCACCAGUGACACAGGUUUGUGACUCUGCAGCGGACAAAAUGUCCUGUGAGCCGGUGUCGGAUCACUGAGCAGAUUUAUUCGUGUUACUUUCUGCAGAGGCUUCCUCCACAUAACGCAGAUGACAGAGAAAAGGCUGAAUCAUUCAGCUUCAUGAGGGUUUAAAUCUCACUAAAACUAAAAAGUCACAUGUGAAGGUAUCGUGAUAUUUAUGAUUUUAAAGAUGAGCGCUUUUAAAGGCGGAUGAUAAAAGAAGUGGAUUUUGUUUUAUUUUGCAUUUUUUUAUGAGUUUGUUGCUAUUUAAGUCAAGACAGACAAGAGUGACUGGGUUGUUUUAUAUGUGCACGUACAACUAGGGUUGCAACUUUGAGUAUUUUUAUGUUUUAUGCUUCUUCAUACUUCCAUUCCAAACUUUGUGGAGACAAAUAUUUUAAUUUUUACUCUGAUACAUGUAGAAAAAUGAGAUACGUGCUGAAUAUCAGGUACUUUUUACUACAUUGUGCAACAGUGUGCAAUUUUAUCAAAAUGAUAACAUCUCAUUAAAAAACUAAUGUUGUAGAAUUAAUUGCCUUAGACAUGCAAAUAUGCACAAUAUGAUGGUGAUGUUGCAUUAAGGGACAAUCUGACAAUUGAGAACUUGGUGUUGGUUGCAGAGGAGCCUUGCAUCAGUGAGCUACACGUGUAAAAUACAUGACAUUAGCAUCUUUGUCGCACAUUUGAGUCUUAUAAAGUACCAAAAGUUUGAUUUUAAAGCCUUUACCUGUGUAAUAUUUCCUUUCUUUUCAUUUUCUUUUCAAAUGUACUCUUGUAUUUAUGCUCUGGUUAGGGUUUGGGCACAAAAACCACUUGGUCAGCUUGAGGAAAGCAUCAUGUUUUGGGGUUAAAACACCCGGUUUUGUCGCUACACCUUAAAGAAUAUCCUGUGGUGUUUACGAAUGUUUGCUUCCACAAUAAAACUAUCCACUGAUUUCAA